AUGACAAAGAUCAACUAUGAUGCUUGGCGUGAACUCUUCGAAACACAUUGUUUCAGCUUUGGCGUGUCUGGCCAUCUCGAUGGCACCUCUCUACCUAUGAAUCCAGAAGACAUAUCUUGGAAAGAGCGUGAUGGUCUCGUCAAGAUGUGGAUCUAUGGAACCAUUUCUUCCUCUCUUCUCGACACGGUGCUGAAAACUCGUUGCUCUGCCCGUGAACUCUGGCUCAUCAUAGAAAACCUCUUCCGUGACAACAAAGAAGCCCGUGCGAUACUACUCGACAAUGAUCUCCACACCCUCACCAUCGGAGAUCUCACGGUCCACGACUAUUGUCAAAAGCUCAAGACCCUUUCUGAUCUCCUUGCCAAUGUUGACUCUCCGGUCUCCGAUCGCCUCGUCGUGACGUAUAUGUUGAACGGUCUCUCACUAAAGUUUGACAACUUCAUCAACAUCAUCAAACAUCGCCAACCGUUCCCCACCUUUGCUGUUGCCCGCUCCAUGCUUGUUGAGGAGGAACAACGCUUAAACCGCCAGACCCACACCCGUGCCCCUGUUUCUCUUGACUCGACAUCUCAGAGCGUGUUGUACACGACCUCUAGCGGACACAACAACCACACCGGCGGUCAUCGCGACAACAACUACAACAAAGGCAACUCAUAUGGUGGACGAGGUCGCGGUCGUGGACGCAACAACAACAGAGGACGGGGCCGUCAGCAGUGGCAAUGGACUCCCAACUGGCAAAUGCCUCCACCGUGGUACCAGUCGCCACCGUCGUUUCCGCAUUCGCACCAACGUUACUGGCCGCAACAACCGCACAUGGCGAACCUCACCACUACACAUCCAGCGAGCGGCCUCCUUGGUCCAUCUCCUAUGGCAUCACAACCAACACAGCUUCCGGCUGCCGCUUUUGGUACAAUGACCAUGCCGGAUCCCAACGAUGCAAGCUGGUACAUGGACACCGGCGCUACAUCUCACCUCACGGCACAACCAGGUACUCUCCAUUCCCUCUUUAAUGCGAGCUCUUUCCCAUCGGUAGUUGUCGGUGACGGAUCCUCUAUUCCCACUAAAGCAAUCGGUUAUUACUCUUUACCUUCUCACACACGUCCUCUCCAUCUAAAUAAAGUGCUUGUUUGUCCUUCUAUUAUCAAAAACCUUAUCUCUGUUCGUCAAUUUACUAUAGAUAAUUGGGUUUCUGUGGAAUUUGAUCCUUUUGGCUUUUGUGUUAAGGACCUUCAUACUCGGAACAAGCUCCUCCGAUGUAACAGCUCCGGUCCUCUCUACUCAAUCACUUCACCACCAUCGGCCACUCAAUCCUCUCAUUCUCCACAAGCCAUGAUCUCAGCGGUUCCCAACUCUUUGUUGUGGCAUCGUCGUCUCGGACACUUCUCUUUGUCAUGCUUGUCAAUUGGGGAAACACAUUAG